AAGUAGCUCAGCCACUGAUGGGGAAUGGGGGGGAGAAUAGAUUGUUGUGUCCUGUUUUUAACAAUCCUGAGACAUGAGCACUAGUUGUUAAAGGUUGUUUUUUGCAGCCACGUGCAAAAGAUAAAUCUGAGAUUAACUGGAGACUGGUGCUGUUUAAUUAUAUUGAUCUUUUAUCUGGACAGUAUAAUGAUGAAACAGAUGGAAAUGGUAUUGACAGUGGAGAGGAAGUGUUGCAUCCAGGCUGUGUCUGGUAGUGCAACCAACACAAGAGGGUAAAUUUUUUUCAGCUGAUGGCCAUUUAUAUCUUUGUGCAAAAUGGCCUUGGCUUUAAUUUCAGUAGGUAGUAGGUAGAAAUAUGACUCCGAGUACCAAGGUACUCUUGUGUCUUCCUUUUGUGGAAACUACUAACUUUAAGGACACACUGAGGUUACUGAUCAUGUUCACAGGAGCUUUACACUCCGUAUGUAGCCUGUCUAUCCUGUGCUGCUCAUAAGCAUUGAACUAUUUCGUGCACACUCUCAUCAUUCUGUAGCUGCGAAAGAAUCCUGUAAAUGUGUGAUUACGGCAGAGGUAUGAACAAAAUAUGCAUUGUGCAGGUCAAGCACUGGAUUUACAACCUGUGUACAACAGGAUAUGCAUAUAGAAACUUCUGUCUGGGAAGUCUCAGACAAAAAAGUUGUGACUGCACUGAAGCAUCAGAACAGGAAUAAUUGGGAACAUCUUUCAUGGAAUCCUAAUAAUAAAGUCUUCAGUAGCCAUGUAUACAUAUUGAAGUGAGAACCUCUGAAAUAAGAAUGUCUUUCUUUGGCUGUUAAUUGUCUGAAAACAACAUUAAGUGAUAUAACGUAACCAUUCAUUUCUAUAACUGCUAAGAAUCCUUUACAAGAUUUCAGCCCUAAUCAAUUGCUACACUCAACACAGAGUUAUUAUAAAUUUUAGAACAUUUAUAUUCUGUAAAAGCAGUAAAUGUAAUAUGUUAUGCCAUUCAUAAUGCUGCUUUCAGCGAAAGAGCCAUCAUGUUUAUCAAGGGAAUAAGUUCAGCAGUAUGAGUGUACCAGCAAAGCAGCAGUAUUGGAAAAGAGUUGUGAAAGAACAGGGAUGUAACAAAGGCUUUUUUUUCCAACUCAUUAUCAUGUUUAAAUCCCAUUUGAACGAGGCUUUGUUUGGAGUGUCCGUGUUGACUUUCUAUUAAGAAUGAAAAUUAGGUUACAAAACAGAUCACUAGAUGAGAAAUCAUAAACUUAACAAGGACAUUCUCUAAGUGAGAAUAGAAAAAGCAUACCUCUACAAAGACAUUGGUGCAUCUCUUGCGUAUGCUAACAGAUGUUGACCUAACUGUCCAGAUGUGCUGCAGAGCAAUUCAGUUCUUUCAUUCCAUUACAGAGCCUUUUUUUUUUCCCCUGAUAAGUAUGUGAGCUGUCUUGAAAGAAAGCAUUCAAGGGAGCUGAUAGCUUCUUUCAAUUGAGUUCAUGUUCUCUGGUUGGUCCAGUUUUCAGCAUAUUUCACCACAGGCAGUACCUUACUGGCAAUCUCAGCAGAUGAUAAUAGCAAACCCAGAUCAGAAACCUGUUAUCCCUCGAUAUGUGGCCGAACACAUUUGAGCUGAAUGCUCAAAAUGCAUUAGAGCUGAUCACAUUCAAGCAGAGGUUCAGCUAUACCAUUUACAGGCUGCCACUUAAGGAGGAUUUGUAUAAAAAGUAAUUAAAACUUCUGAAUUCUUCUUUUGAAACAGUACUAAAAAGCAUCAUUGCAUUUAGCAAACCUGACUAGCAACAAAUGCCCAAAUGCAUUUCAAGACAUAUCGGUAUGAAAGUGCCAAAGAACUAAAGGCUGUUUUGAACUUAAAAACAGGAGAAUAUUUCAGUUCUUAAAAAAGGGAACAUUCCAAAUAGCAACUGCAUUUGUACUUCACAAAUGGAGCUAUUAAAAUUACAAGAAAAAGUGUGCCUUAUUCUCUAUGGGUAAUAUCUGAGCCAAAUUAAUAUCACAUGCAUUUACACCUUAAUGAAUAGCUUAAAAAGCCUAAUCCUUUGGAAAGAUUCCUAUAGGCUUUCAUGUAAUUUAGACCAGGAUAAUUACAGAUAAAGAAAAAAAUAAUAAUUUCAGUGCAGAAACAAAAUAUUUGAUCUUUUAAAUAGUUGUAAAAUACAGCCAAAAAAAGAUUUUGCUUUGGAUCUUAAAAAUAUGUUCAAAUCAAGGGGAUGUUUCAAUUUGCCUGAAAAGGCAGUUUGGCACUAGUAUCUAACAUAACUCUGAAAAAUUCAAUAUUUACAAUGUUCACAUCUAAAUUAAGAGCAUUUUUUUAUUUCAACAUCAACAAUGUGGUGGUAAAUAUGCUACUGCUCUGGACAACGGCUUAUCUUGGCAUUAGUUUCAUCCAUGUCUAAUAACACUAUAAAUCUUGUGAGAAAUGCCAGACUUUCCCAAAGCAAACAGCUGGGCCAGUAGAGACUGCCAAAUUUCUUGAAGUCUGUGAAAUCAGUUUCAAUAAACAUGGGAUGUUCGUUGGUAAAGAAAACUAUAUAUUUUUUUUAAACUUCCCUGAAGCUAACAGAGAAUUUAUACCUUAUUUUCCUCUAAGGCACCGUGGAGCUUGGAGCAGCUCUUAUUUUAUCCAAAGCAACUUAGCUUCACUUCAGUGAUAUAUAUUCAUUCAAUUGCAAAAGGUGAUAUUUCAAAUGUUUGCUUUUUUUGGCAUGCAGCAAUUUUCUUCUUGAUAUUUAUUUUUCUAUAUGUUCUAUUGCAGGAGAAAUUCAAAACAUUUCAGUUAAGACUUCAAAUUGUUCCAGAUGAAGGAGAAAGCCUUCAGCAAAAGGAUGGUCUGAAUGACAGGUCAGCUUCAGAGUAAAGCCAAGCCUGAGAAACAGCAAAACAGAGGCGUUCCAAGAGCAGAAGCAAUGAGCACUGAGAUACCUUCCAACCUAAUCAAACAUGCAGGGCAGACAAGUAUUCCAUCUCUCGAAAAUAAAACAGAUUUUUCCUUAAAUAUCACUGACUGCAACCAGGUCGUGGUGCCAGAGGAAGUCUUUUUCACUGUUGCUGCUGCUGGCAUACUAGAAAAUCUACUUGUCCUUGUCGCUGUCAUCAGAAAUAAGAAUUUGCACUUGCCCAUGUACUUCUUCAUUUGUAGCUUAGCCAUUUCAGACAUGUUAGGCAGCUUGUACAAAACUUUGGAGAACAUCUUUAUUAUCUUGUGCAAAAUGGGGUACCUGACACGUCGUGGGGACUUUGAGAAAAAGCUGGAUGAUGCCAUGGAUUCCAUGUUCAUUCUGUCUUUACUGGGGUCCAUUUUCAGCUUGCUAGCUAUUGCAGCGGACAGAUACAUCACUAUCUUCUAUGCUUUGCGGUACCAUAAUAUAAUGACAGUACAAAGGGCUUUGGUCAUCUUGGCAAUCAUUUGGACAUUCUGUGCUGGCAGUAGCAUUGCCAUUGCACUCUUCUCCCAUGAAAUAGCUACAGUCAUUCCCUUCACCAUCCUGUUUCCUUUAAUGAUGUUUUUUAUACUGUGCCUCUAUAUCCAUAUGUUCCUCCUAGCUCGAUCUCAUGCUAAAAAGAUUGCCUCGCUGCCAACCAGUGCAGUCCAUCAGAGAACUAACAUGAAAGGAGCCAUUACACUGACUAUUUUCCUUGGAGUCUUCCUUUGCUGUUGGGCCCCCUUUGUUCUUCACAUCCUUUUAGCAAGGUUUUGCCCACACAACCCUUACUGUGCCUGCUACAUGUCCAUUUUCCACGUGAAUGGGACCCUCAUAAUGUGCAAUGCAAUCAUUGAUCCUAUGAUUUUUGCAUUCCGAAGUCCAGAAUUACGGAGUACGUUUAAGAAGAUGUUCUGCUGUGCCAGGCAUAACUGGAACUGGUAG